AUGGGUCCAUCUGGACACAUGUGUUCGCUCUUUCCUGGCCAUCCGCUGCUGGAAGAGAAGACGCUGUUUGUGGCCUCCACAAAAGACUCGACGAAGCCACCGUCGCAGCGCAUCACGCUCACCUACCCGGUCAUAAACAAUGUUGCCAAUAUUUCAUUCGUCGAUACAGAUACUAGUAAGGCCGAGCUGAUUCUGAACAUGAUCGGCGUCGAGAAACAACUCGCUCUUCCCGCCGCCAACAUCAAGCAUACAUGUAGAUCUUUUUGUCACAGAGGAUUCAUUGUGAAGGUUGAUGAAGAAACUUACAAAGUGUGCUACGACAUGUCCAAGGACAGCUUCACUGUCACUGGCAGGUACAAACUUACUGUGACCAGGACGAACAACUUCAACAUUACCCCGAGGACGGCAGAUUUGACUUGCGACAUCGUGGUCGUUCAGCCUUUUCCUGUGAUUGAAGGCGUCGGUAAGGCGUUGCUAACACUUACAUACUAG